AGUUAAUAUAUGUACAAGUCAAAUUACGGCGAUAAAAUCGACUUUCUCUGACUUUCAUAUCAUGGACAUACCGCAGGUAAUUUAACGACAAUAUUUCGCGAAGAAUGUGCCAUGUCGGUCUCGGAUCCCCUCAUCAAAGAUCUGAAAGGAUGGACUCGAAAGUUGAUGGAACAUACCAAAGAAAUCAAUGAUGAAAAUGAGAAUUUGAGUCACUUUUGUAAAUGCUUUGAAAACUGCUUACAAAAGGGCUUAUUGUCUUGUCUCGAUAGCAUUGGAUAUUUAAAAAUACCUUGUGCAUGGCACUGGUUGGAGUAUGUUGCUGAAAAAAAUUAUAACUCCUAUAAUACAUUCUCUUUGGUGGUAGAACAAGUAAAGCAAAAUUCAAAAGUACACACAUCUAUUGGACGACUUCGUUUCCUUAUACGAAUAUGUCUGGUACGAAAAUGCCUUCAUAUGCCGAUAGAAAUAUUGACAAGAAUACCAACUUUAGCUACAGAGUUUUACAAUUUAAAGAGCAUUAUUGGAGAUGACAUUUUACGAGAAAUACUACUCUCUGUAUUAUUGCAAUGCAGUAAACUUAAUUUUAAGCUGAAUUUAAGAAACGCAGCAUUUUUGGAUGACACUUGGCAGAUGCCAUUAUGUGUAGCUUUAGAGCUGGUACCUUGCAAAAGUUUAGGUAUCUCUGUAUGUUUCAUCAAAGAGAAGGCAUUAAUUGUUAAUGUUGAUGAAAAAUCAGUAGCUGCUGAAGAUAAUAAAGUUGAAAUCGGGGAUGUACUAGAUGAGAUAAAUGAAAAUGUCAUCAAUGGCGAUAGUAAGGGAAAAUUACGUAAAAUUAUGAAAAAAGCUAGUGGACAACCAAUAAUUUUACAUAUCAUUAAACAUCGUACUAAAAAAUCUUGUGGACUGUAUGAACCAAUAGUGCAUCUUAUCAAAAGUUCGGGUAUUGAAAGCAUGAGAUCUUUAAUAAAAAUAUCACAAUUGGACCAAGCAGAAGUCACUAAAAGAGAUCAAAUCUCUAGAUUAAAAAAUAAAACAUUAAGUAGCGGAUUCUUGGUGAAAUAUUGUGGUUCUGUGCAUGUUGGUACAGAAGGUGAUAUUAAACAAAUUGAAAAAGCCAUUUGGCGUUUAUUAAAGUCAGGAGAAGUGAAGCAAGUGCCUGCAAGAUUUGAAUGCUUAGAAAUUGGAAUUGUAGUAACUCAAGAGAUAGAUGAUCGAAUAAUAUGCAAACAAAGUUAUAUGGAAAUCUCGUCAUGUGGAUGUACUGCCAACAUCCCAGAUUAUUUUGCAUUUAUCGCAGGGGAGACAAAUUGUAACAUGGCAACAAAAUUUGAUGCUUAUAUCUUUUAUCAUCAGAAUGAAACUGAAAUUCAACAAAUAUUACAAAGUUUGGGACAGGGAUUUCAACGUACUCAUUUUGCAGUAUAAUGUAUAUAUGAAUUUGUUGAGCUAUGCUAUAUAAAAAAAAAAUAGUCGUAUCUUUGUAUAUCUAUCUUAUUUAUAUUAUUUAUUAAUUCUAGAAUAUUGCAAAAUGCAUGAUACAUAUGCGCGCUAUUUAUUUCUUUAUCCUAUUAUUUAUAAAUAUCAAGAUUAAAAAAAGAAAUUU